ACUAAACACCUCCUAAAAUGAUGCUUCACAAAUGGUGUCAGAAUUGCAUGGAUAAGUACAAGAUAGCUCCAUAGCGCUCUACGACGGCGUCGCUUCUUCCUUCCGGCCGGCCGGCCACCAUGUCGUCGUCGUCGGCGGCGGCGGCGCCAGCGCCAGCCCACGCCGUGUUCUUCCCGUUCCCGGUGCAGGGCCACGUCGCUCUGGCGCUGCACCUGGCUAAGCUCCUCCACGCCAGGGACGGCGUCCGCGUCACCUUCGUCCACUCCGAGCGCAACCGCCGCCGCGUGCUCCGCUCGCGCGGCGCCACCGCGCUCGACGGCGCCCCGGGGUUCCGCUUCGCCGCCGUUCCCGACGGCCUGCCGUUAGACGGGGACGCCGACGCUCCCCCCGGCAUGCUCCCCCUGCUCGUCGCCAUAAGGUCAACCGUGCCGCACUUCAAGAACGUGCUCGACGACGCCGCCGCCUCCGGUGACCCGGCCACCUGCGUCGUCUCCGACAUGGACCACAUCUUGCUCGCCGCCAGGGACAUGGGCCUUCCGACGGUGGUGCCCUGGGUGCCCAGCGCCUGCGGCCUCCUGUCGUCCCUGCACUACCAGCAGCUCAUCGACCGAGGCCUUCUUCCUCUCAAAGAUGCUGAGCAGCUGAGCAAUGGCCACCUCGACAGCACGGUGGUCGACUGGGUGCCGGGGUUGCCGGCGGACAUGCGCCUGCGCGACUUCGGCAGCUUCAUCCGCACGACGGACCCCGACGACGCCGUGCUUGCCAUGUACGUGUCCUACAUGGAGUGCCUCCGGACCACGCCGUCCGCCGUCGUCCUCAACACGUUCGACGAGCUGGAAGGCGAGGUCGUCGCCGCCCUGUCGCGCCUCCUGCCGCCGGUCUACACGGUCGGGCCGAUCCCGCGGCUCGCCGCCGCGCACGUCGCCGGACGCGGCCCGGUCGACGCGCUGGGGGCGAGCCUCUGGCCGGAGGACAGCCGCUGCCUCGAGUGGCUCCGGGGCAAGCCGCCUCGCUCCGUCCUGUACGUCAACUUCGGCAGCAUCGUCGUCGUGACGAGGGAGCAGCUAGUGGAGCUCGCGUGGGGCCUCGCCGCAAGCGGCCACCAGUUUCUCUGGGUGAUUCGAGACGACCAAGCCAAGAACGGCGGCGGCGGCGACCCAGCCGACAUGUUCCCGCCGGAGUUCGCGGAGGCGGCCGCCAAGGGCCGGUGCUACCUGACGAGGUGGUGCCCCCAGGAGGCGGUGCUCCAGCACGACGCCAUCGGGGCGUUCCUGACGCACUGCGGGUGGAACUCCAUGCUCGACGGCAUCUGCAACGGCGUGCCGAUGCUGUGCUACCCGCUCGGCGCGGACCAGGAGACGAACUGCCGGUACGCUCGCACGGAGUGGCGCAUCGGCGCGGAGGUCGGCGAGAGCAUAGAGCGGGAAGCGGUGGCGAGGAUGGUGAGGGAGGUGAUGGGAGAAGAUCGUGGGAAGGAGAUGAGGCGGCGCGCCAUGGAGUGGAAGGAGAAGGUGGCCAUGGCGGUAGCACCUGGUGGUAGUUCAUGGGUCAACUUGGAAAAGUUGGUCAAGGAGAUGUUUCUCUCCACAGAUUAAUAUUAAUAUAUGCAUCAUAUGUGUUUAGUACUACAUUGUUGCGAGAUUUAUAAGCCCUCACCACUUCUAUGUCAUUGGAUUGAUCGGGGCGAGUGUUUUACGAGAAAAGACGAAUGCUAUAUUUAUAAACAAAAAAUAAUUUAUGAAUAAAAAGAAAAUCUUGAU